UCACGGAUCACAUGACGCAGAAUAUGGCCUCCUGACUUGACUCCUUCGUCUUGACAGUCGACAGCUGUGUCUUCUAGCUCUGUAUCCACCGAAAAACACCCUGUUAAUUAAACACCGAAUCUAGCACUCCAGACCCUCCCGAGCUACGGCCACACCGAAUAACGGACCAUGGCGGACCAAGCAUAUGUGACGCUGGCCACAAAUGACAACUAUGCCAAAGGAGCGAUGGUUCUGGGGAGGUCGCUACGCAACCAUAACACAACCAAACAACUGGUGGUUCUGAUUGGACCUCACGUAGCAGAGCCCUGCAGGGCCAUGCUGAGUAGCAUCUAUGACGAGGUGUGUGUGGUGGAUAUCUUGGACUCUAGGGACACGGCCCACCUGGCCCUGAUGAAGAGACCAGACCUCGGAGUGACCUUCACCAAGCUGCACUGCUGGACACUCACACACUACACCAAGUGUGUGUUUAUGGACGCAGACACACUGGUGUUGUCCAACAUUGAUGAGCUGUUUGAGAGGGAGGAGUUAUCUGCUGCGCCUGAUCCUGGUUGGCCAGACUGUUUCAACUCAGGCGUGUUCGUCUUUAAACCGUCCAAUGAAACAUACCGCAGCCUUAUGACACACUGCACUGAGAACGGCAGCUUUGACGGUGGGGACCAAGGAGUUCUGAACAGUUUCUUCAAUACCUGGUCAACAGCAGACAUUUCCAAACACCUGCCUUUUAUCUACAACCUCAGCAGCAUCGCUAUAUACACCUAUCUACCAGCCUUCAAACAGUACGGUCAUGAGGCUAAGGUGGUCCACUUCCUGGGGAAGGUGAAGCCAUGGAGCUACUCCUAUGACACCCGGACUGGGAAGGUCAAAGGUCAUACCCUGACACCUGGCUUGGGUGACCUGCACCCUGACUUCCUGGUUCAGUGGUGGAACCUCUACUCCUCUGGGGUCCUACCUGCUCUCAGAGACUCAUAUGGAGAUGCACUGUUCUGCUCCGGCUGCACUGAGGAGGAGGUCUGUGACAGUGUGGUUGAGAUCAUCCUCCCCCCGCCUCCCCCUAAGGCGCCCCAGGUGUCCAGUGAGGAGAGGAGGCAGCGAUGGGAGGCGGGCCUGGCGGACUACAUGGGAGCGGACUCCUUCGAAAGCAUCCAGAGGAAACUAGACUGCUUCCUCAAGUAGAGGGACAGAGGAGGGAUGACGGAUGGAAAGGGCAUCUAUUGGCAGGCCUGAGAUGUGUCAGCCAGGGCGGGGACAAACAGGCAUUCGACCGAUCAGAAGAGAAAGCGGUAGAGCAUGGCGUAUUGAAAAACAGUCCCAUCCUGGGCCUCUCGCUCUCUCUCUCUCUCUCUCUCUGUUUUUCUCUCUCGGUAUGUGUGUGUGUGUGCGUGUGUUUGUGUGUUCGCGUGUGGCCUGGUCCUGCAGAAAUAACCCCUGCAGAGACUGGUCCAUUCAGUGUUUGAACACCAGUUUACUACACUAUGCAGCCCCCAUACCACCACCUCAGCGCAGAAGCCUUGGUCAGUAAGUAAUGACUCAGUAAUAACCUCACUGUGACUCUGCCUCACCAAGUCCCAUCCAGACCCCAUGACUCUAACAGCUCUAACCCAGUUACUCAGUCAAACCUGAUAAUGAUGGGCAGUUGUGCUUUUACUCUUUAAAUUAUUCAGAGAUAUGUCGGUAUGAAGUAUUUCCCUCUAUAAAAUGGAAUAACUGUUAUUUUGUUUAUUAAAGUUUGCAUCCCA